CUUGGCCCCCAACUUGUCUGCGCGACGCGUGGAGUGCGUCAUUCGUCAUGGCACGUGGCAAAAGCGGCGGUUUGGCGCUUUUGGUUUGCCUCGCGCUGCAGGGCGUGUCUUUCUUAAGCUCGAGAGCUAAGCUCUGCUCGCGCCCAAGGCCGGUGCUGCGCUCCAGGGUGAGCCGGAUUCCUCGCUUCGCAGAAGGAGGGGGCGGCGCUGCCCCUGACGCGGAGGCAGAGGCGCCGAUCACGCCGCUCUUCCAGGAGCUGAACGUGACUGCGUCCACAGAUGCCAAGAAGCUCAUGGGGGCGAUGGUGGCCAUCUUUAACAACGGCGACCGGGCGGUGGACCUGGUUCUCAAGAGCCCGUCCAACCGGAGCACCUUGAUGUACGCCAUCGCCGAUCUCCCUUCGAAUUUCCGCCCCGCUGCUCAGGUCCUCCUGCGCCGCAGGGACCGGAAUAUGAGGCUGCGGGUGUUGCAGCACUUCCGGCCAGCACAGGACCAACAGCCCGAGGCGAUGCGCAUCUCCAAGCAGACCAACUCCUCGAAGCUGGGCAGUGCCAUCAUGAGCAAGUUCGUGGACGUGGCCGGCAACAACUUGCAGCGCUCCGUCCUGCUGGAGUUCCAGGGCGCGCAAACUGCGUCCAUCGCCUUGGAUGCCAUCGAGAAGGCUCAACACAAGGCGCACCGAGAGUUUACCUUUAUGCCUCGCAAGGUCUACUCACCUCAGGAGGGUGGAUCAGAUGACACCCCCGUGCGAGGCGGCGUGCAGAUGAAUGUGGUCGUGGUGGCCACGUGACAAAAUGCCGAUCUCGAGGGCGGCCAGGCGGCUGGCGGCCGGUGCUGAGCUCCUCUAUUUUCACAUUCGGAAUGCCUGGCGCAGAUGCAAUUGG